AUGGAAGUGGUUGAAAGGCCUUCCCUGGGUGGAAUGGAAAAGGCAUUUUGUAAUAAUGUUCUGAGGUGGAUUGUUGAUUUUUUAGCAGGGCGGUUGAUAAUUGACUAUUUCGGGAAAGCUCCACGAACAGUAAAACAAGGAAGAAAACGGAAAAGGACUUGCAGGAGAUCGGGUGACACAGUUUGGGGAGCAUGGGGCAUUCUUCCUGCUGAACUUCUGGUGUCAAUUUUGGUGAAGUUAAGUAUCGUGGACUACCUGUCAUUUAGCGGUGUUUGUAAAUCUUGGAGGUCUGCAUCUAUUGCUUUCCGCAAAUACUGUAUGGAGCGCCAGCAACCCCUAGUUGUUGUUCGACCAAAGUAUUCGAAAAAGUCUUGUGUAUUGUACAAUAUGUUCGAUUUGAAAAGUUACAAAACAAUGCUGCCAGAUUUGCCUUGCAAGAAAUUAUUGGGUUUGUCAUGUGGGUACCUGAUUACAACUGACGGACACUUAGGCUUUUGGCUCGUAAAUUUAAUAACAAAACAUGAGCUGCGUUUUCCUGUCCUUCCUGGACAUAUGGGUCGCAUAACCUGCCUUGAAUUUUCUGCUCUCCUAUUUCAGUCCACUCGACUUUCAGAAACUUUCAUGGUUCUUUUCUCUCGGACAGAAAAUUAUAUAUUGUUGUCCAAAAGUGGCGGCAGCAGUUGGCAGAGAUAUGUUUUAUCCGACUCAGAAACCAGGAUUGCAGAUGUGAAGAUUUUUGAUGGCAAAAUCUUUAUUUUGACUUCAGAUUUACGUUUUGGAGAAUUUAAUCCGAAGGCAGGUUCUGUUCCAAAAUUCUCCAAAAUCAACAUCCCUUACCAGGUUUUAUCUGAUAUGGAUUUGAAGUUGGUGGUAUCAGACAAUAAGCUAUACAUGACUGUAUUCAAUUGUUGUCCUUAUCCUACAUUGGAAGGACAUCUGUCAUUAUUCGAAAUUGACCAUGAGACAAUGGAUAGGGCAAAACAGAUUCAUGACUUGGGUGCAAAAUCUUUAUCUCUUAGUUGGUUCAGUUCUGCUGUCGUCGAUUCAACUGGUUGGGGAGCAGGUAAUUAA